CAUUAUAAAUUCAGAUUUAGUGUGCCAGGACGCAUUAGUGUUGUUCGUUUUAGCGUCUAGUUAAGUACUCCGUUAUUUAAUUACGAUUAAGCAAUUAUUACAAACAGAAAAAUGGUUUCCACUAAAGUUAUUUUCGCUUUGACCAUUGUAGCCGUAGCAUCAGUUCAGGUAAACGGUAAACCCGCCGAAUCCCAAGCUGAAUUAUUCAACCAAUUAGAAAAAUCUUUCAAAGACAUUACUAGCAAAAUCAAGGAAGCAGUUAACUCAGACAACGUUGACCAAGUUAAAAAGAAGUUGAACACUUAUGCUGACGAAUUGAACAAUAAUUACAAGUCUCUAACAAAAUCGUUCGAAAAUUCUGAAUUCGGUAAACAAGCUAACAAACAAUGGGCAUCAGCUAUGGAAAUUUACAACCGUAACGUUCCAUCAGACUUGACAUCACAAAAAAUUAACGAAAGACUUGAAAGUGCAUGGAAAUCUGCAAGUGAAUGGUACAAAAAGAACUAUAACUAAGAGAAUAUUUAUAAACUAACAUAGAUAAUUAAGAACAACAAUGUAAUAGGACUGCAAUUUGUAUCCAUUAAGGCUGAGAAUUAAAAUCGAAUGAAAAAUUUUAAAAUAAGUUAUUGUAAUAUUUAAACAUUUUUACUUAACCAUUCAUGAAUGAUAUUGUACAUUAUUUUUUAUUUAUAAUGGAGACGCGAAAUAAUAAUAAUUGAUUCUAGUUAAA